UAUAGAAGAAGAAGAAGAAGAAGAAGAAGAAGAAGAUCAGGUUUAACAGAGAGAGGGUUUGCAAAAGGAAAAAUGGAAACAGUAUACCUGUAAAUAGACAAAAAUCCGAAAGACAGUAGACAUGAGAGUCGCCACUGUGGCCUUUUACGGGUGUGCACUGGGUCUUCUGGCGAUGGGCCUGCGAGAAAUGUUUUCGGGAUUUGAAGAGAAUAGGUGCACAAUGACCUAUAUGUUCGAGUACCCCGAGUACCGGCGUAUUGCCCUGCCCCGACGCGUGGCCCGCCAGUACCCAGCGUAUGGGCUUUACCUGUACGGAGAGGGCCAGUACGCUCAGGACACUCGCGGACUAAAACUAACCGGGGCCCCUGUUCUUUUCCUACCUGGAAACGCAGGCAGCUACAAACAAGCUCGCUCCCUGGGUUCGGUGGCUCUGAGGAAGGCUGAGGCCCUGGAAGGAGGGGUCCACCUCAACGUGUUCACCAUCGACUUCAACGAGGAGCUUGUGGCCCUGUAUGGAGGCAGCCUGCGCCGGCAGACUCUCUUCCUACACGAGAGCAUCAAGGCCAUCCUGCGCCUCUACAAGGAUCAUGAAGCCCCCCCUCAUAGUGUGGUGUUGGUGGGUCACUCCAUGGGGGGAGUGGUGGCCCGAGCCCUCUUCACCCUACCCCGCUUCAGCCCUCGCCUUGUCAGCCUCAUCAUCACCCAGGCCUCCCCUCACCAGGCCCCCGUGCUGUCCCUCGACGCACACCUACUGGAGUUCUACUCUGCUGUGAGACAGCGCUGGGUGGGUCGAGCGGAAGACCUGCGCAACGUGACAGUUCUCUCCGUGGGGGGUGGUUACCGUGACUACCAGGUGCGCUCCGGCCUCACGGCCCUGCCCUGCCCCCAGGACGACCCAAGCAAGCUGUCUCUGGUGGUUACUGCUGUUCCUAGGACCUGGGUGUCCACGGACCACCUGUCCAUUGUUUGGUGCAAAGAGCUGGUUCUGGCUACUGUGCGGGCAUUCUUUGACCUCAUUGAACCUGAAACGGGACAGUUUUCAGACGAUCCAGAGAGGAGAAUGGCCAUUCUGAACCAUCAUUUUAUCAGACACCCUGUACGUGUGCUGGGUGAGCAGCUAGAGAUGCCCGUUUCCCUCUCAGGGUCUCCUAAAACGUGGAGCGAGGUGAACACACUCCGUCUGGCGUACAGUGCUCCCAAAGAAGGACAAGCCAAGUAUUUCUUGUUUGCCCUCUCCAGUCGCAGGAGAGCCUACAGCCACUUCUACUGUCGCAGCAACAACCUGUCUCUCCAACAGGAAAUGACUAGCUGGGUUUACGGUUGUACACAGAUGAACGGAUCCAUGUGUGUGCAGGCAGUGGAUCUGUCUUUUGGAACAGAACUUCUCCCAGCCUACAAGGUUCUGACUCUGAGCCUCAGUGAGCUGUCCUCUGUCUCUCACCUCAUUGUGGUUGCCUCCAACCUCAACGGUAGACAGUUCACAGUGGAGUGUGAGUGGCAGAGACAGGAGUCUCAGACCGUCUCUGUGCCAGUACCACACGUUCUCUCCUUCGGCAUGAGUGUUAGUGACGUCACUCUCAACUCCACCGGACUUCGGCACACCAUUGAGCUGCAGCACUUUCAUCAGGUCUAUCAGGCUUUCAGAAUUUCAGUCGUAAGCCACUGCAAAGUAACCAAAGCAGACAGACUGCCCAAUGUCUACAUAAUGAAGGUGCCGUGGUUUAGGGAGGACUCCGUUACCACAUCCAGUAUUCCCUCUGUAACAGAGAUAUCGGGAAUGCUCCACACGAGUCGUCCUGACAACUCCACUGGUGUCCUGUUGCAGCUCCACACUGCCCCCAACUGCCUCUAUAAGGUAUCUGUGAGAACUUCAUUUCCCAGGGUGCUUGGACAGGUGCUGAGGUUCUGUGGGCCUGUGUUGCCGGUGUACGUGGCUGUAGCGCUCCUACUGGCCUGUGGGGGGCAGAUGUCCUCUGUCGUGAGGAUGGGGCGCCCCCUACAGAUGAGCCAUGCCGUGGCCAGAUCCCUGCAGCCCCACAAGGUGGACCUUCCCGUCUACCUGCUGCAUCUGCUGCUCAGGUAUAGCUGGUUCCAGGAUGGUUGGUCCACUCUUCAUCUCCCGCCGUUAGAUGCUCUCCCCGCCACCUCCCCAGAUGGUAUGACACAGGAGGGCUUGCCCCUAAACGAAGACUGGCCACGCCUCCUGUCCCCCCUGCUGUAUGUUUUGGGAGCAGCCAUUGCCUUCUGGGGCAGCGUGCUGCUCCGCCUCUUUCUAAGGCUGCUUUCGUUGCUAUUGGCCCCGCUUCACAGGCCUUCUGUGUCUCGGGACUGCGGCACCCUGCGUAGGCGGACUCAGCUGCUCCUCAUCCUGUGUCUGAGCGUGUUAGGAUGGGCUUCCUGUGGAGCCCUGUCAAUCACAGCCACCUUCCUGCUGCAUCUCUACCGAGUUCUAAGGCUACAGAUGACAGAGAGGUCUCUGAGUCAUAUGCUGAACCUGGCGCCCGAUAAACAAACCGACAAAGAGAAAGGCACUGGGGAAAAAGAGAAAGGCACUGGGGAAAAAGAGAAAGGCACUGGGGAAAAAGAGAAAGGCACUGGGGAAAAAGAGAAAGGCACUGGGGAAAAAGAGAGAGGCACCGGGAACAGUGAGGCCCUGGACAGCAAACCUAAAGAAUGUAACGGCGCCCCCCUGCUUUCGGACUCGGUACUGCAGGAUGUGAGAGAUGACCUGCAGCUGCACGUCAGCCUGUCUGCUCUCCUCACUCUACCAGUCAUGCUCUGUGCCCCAUCACUGAUCCACUGGACCCGCAACCUCAGAUAUUCUGUUGCUCGUUUGGAUCCUGACCCUUGCUGGCCCCACUCCAUGCCUCUCUUCAUCGCCUCUCUGCUGCUCAUCAACUGUAACACACUCACUCUCAGCUACAGUAAAACCCUGCCUAUCACAUCCCGCCUGCUGUUGCCUCUCUCCGUUGCCAUGGUGUCUUUCUCCCCACUCCAUCUAUACCGUGUAAACUACUUUGUGUCUGCAGCCCUGGUUCCGCUGGCUGUUUCCUGUCUCUUCUGAGUUCUGCUGGUACCUGCGCUGGGCCUAUCACCCGGGUCAGGUCCCCAAACUGGUCAAAGCUAGUCUGGCCUGGGAUUUGCACUCCCCUUUCAGGCCCUGAAGGGGGCGACGAUGGCAACCCUACAGCAGAGCCAUAGACAUACAUAGUUUGCGAAACUGUCCGCCAUGUUGUCUCCAAGCUUUUGGUGCCAACAUGGCUACCAUUGGAAUUCCCAGUCUUAACCAAGUUUGCCUUACUCUGUAUAUAUAUGGCUCUGUCUUCAAGGAGCAUGACGCGAUUACUCCUUCAUAACAAAUGUCACGCCUGAUACUUGUGGUUCUCAACAGGAUAUUGCUCUUAUCGUUUUUCAUACAACUGUAAUUUAACCUAUUUUAGUACAGUAUAAUUGUGGUAAUAAUGAGUAUGAGGGGAUUUGUCUCGUGUUUAUUGGAUUCUGUUUUUGGCCCUAAACGUCUUGGCCUGUCUUAUUGGUAACUUUGAAUACACUCAUGAAGCUAGCUACCUUUACUCUGUCAUUAGUAAGAUGUCAUAAGCAGUCAAGUGUUGCAAUUAGGGUUGCAAAACUACCUGUAAUUUACCAUUUAUACAAUUUAAAAUUAUAUAUUUUACAUGCUAUGAAAAUUUAUUAAAAACAUUAAACUUUUCAAAAGUCUGGUAGUUUACUGGUCAAUUUUGAAAGUUACCAGUAACAUUCCCUCCCUUUGCAACCUUAGUUACAAUGAUGUCAUGCAGCUAGCUGUACUGUAUGCAAGAUGACCGUGGCUAACUCGCUUGCUUGGCUAGCUAUUGUAACUGCACCGGACAUGUUCCGUCAUGCUUUUGACAGUGUAAAGAUUUGAAAGGUUUUCUUAAACUCUUAUCACACCCUCAAACCUUCUUCAACUGCUAUCUUAUGUUGCUAUCGUCCUGUUCAAAGCACAGAUGAUACGUUUUUGAAAGUGGAGCUCCUAACUACAUAACCUGUUCUUAGCCAAGUAUGGUCAUUUUAUUAUGCAGUAUGUGGCCAUAGCUAUGAAUGUUAUUGGUUAGUCUCGAUCUAAAGUGACCGGGUCCUUACUACCUAGGAUAUCAUGAGGAAUGGAUGACCCUGCACACCAUAGCUUAAUUUAGUUGUGCAAUGUUGUAGGAAGGUUAUAUGGAGUUGGAUGCUAUUCCACAUCAGAUCACUGGGGGUAUAACUUGACAUUGUAUCUAUGUCGUAACAUAACUACUCGAGCAGUUUUUCCUGUGCAUCUCUAUGGACGGAGUCCAGGUUGAUGUUAUCCAUACUAGAGUAUAUUAGAUCUGAUAUUACCUUGCAAACAGGCCUAUCAUGUGACUCUGCUAUUCUGUUACAAGCUACUGUCUAUUUCUGAUUUAACAAAAUGUCCUCCGCUUGAAGAGCUAGCUUUAAAGGGAUCUUUGGCUUUUUUAUUUUUUAUUGAUGUCGUUAAGAGGCCAUGGCCCCUAUUAUUUACUGGAAGAGUCGUUACUUACUUGGAAAACAUCAGCACUUGGUAUUUCCAUUUGCCUUAAUCAGUUACCUCACAUUUUUCCAAACUGGACUUUCUAAAGACACAUAGCUCCUGCAUUGAAAUACAGUUGACAAACUGACAUCGGCUUGGUCUCCACAAGGCAGACACGUGUAUUACCCUCAUUGUCGUAAUGAAAGCACAGGGUUGUAGAUCUUCAGGAUCAGAUGAAGGAGCCCUAUUGCCACCGAUACAUGGAGGCACCAGAGAUGGUGCCUUUAGACUGUUUCACCCUCUACUGUUUGCUAAUUCAAGGUGGGUGUGUUUGCGUAAAACCCUAUCAGCCAUAGCUCCACUCCAAUGUACAACACAGUGGAUUGUGUUAGUGGUGUUUUUUGACAAUUGUUUUGUAAGAAUUAACCAAUAGUGUCUGUGUUUGUACGUGUACUUUUGAUGCUCACCAGCACCCCUUGACCCCUCUGUUGGCAUCCCUUGGACAAAGCAGCUAGUGCCUUUCUGCCGAUUUGCCCCCCCCCCACCCUCCACGCAUUCACUCUCCUAUCUGCCUGUCAAUCAAGACACUUCCCUAGUAUAGGGCAUAAGAUUGUGACAUAGACCAGCAUUUUCUGACAAGUGACUACUCUGGUCAUCUGAGUGCAACAGUAGUGAGCAUAACUCUUGCUUGUAGCUGUCUUAACACUUGUAUUUGCAAGACAGAACAGAUUUCAAAUACAGAAUGGUUACAUGGAAUGGAAUGGAACAGGUUAUGUUGGUGUAUGUUAAAUGACUUGACAAAGCCACAACGGUGUUAUGUCAAGGUAAAGGCAGCUUGGUUCUUGUACAGUGUUACGACUUUUCAAGCUCAACAAGACAGGUUAGGAAUUGAACACCUUUGUCCAUCCUAGCUAGCUUCAAUUUAGAGACCAAACUCACUCCAGCACGAACACACACGCAUAUACUACACACUCUCCCCGACAACACCCCCCGCCCCCGUGUCACCUGCACUGUGAAUGUACCUGUUUGUUUGUAUGUGUGUGCAUAAGUAUGUAAGACCUUUAGUGCGGGUGCUUUGUGUGUACUAAACUAUAGUAUGUCAAUGUGGUGCAGUUUUUAGUGCUUUGAAACGUACAUACUCUGCCUCACUCCAAAUGUGAAUUGUGACCAGAUUUAUAUAGAUGAAACUUUGUGGUAAAACUAGUAGAAAUGGGCAUAUGUUUUCUAUGAAUAUGAUAGAUUUUUUUUUCUUCUCCUUUUUUAUUGGUGUUCACUGUGACCGGUGCCCGUGAUUUCUGAGGUGAGAUUGACACCUCGGCAACUACUCAUGUUCUAACGUAACCAACCAGAGUGAAGCUGUCGCCACAAGCAUAUCUCAAUUUAAAUAUGUUUGUUUAAGCUUUUUAUGCUCUUUGAGAUUAUUUUUAUGUAAUGAAAAGCACUACACAAGUUAAAUAAAUAAUAAUCAUUGUAUGGAAUACUGUUCCUUGAACCCCGAAAUGCCUGUUUGCAUUCAUAGCUGUUAUGAUUGUAAUGUAAGCAGUCAUUUAAAAAAAAUUAAAAUCUGUUUAUUGCAA